AUGUCUGCCACCCAGGUCACUGCUGUAGAUGAUCAGUCGCCGACCGCCUUCAAGAUCUUUCUCUUCUGCUUUCAGGAUCGAGCAGAUGUCGACCUGGAGAAGAUCAAGAGCGCCCUCAUCCUGUGCUACGGUUACGUGGCGGUGCACGCCCCCAUAGAGCUUGUGCUUCCUCGAGUUGAAUCUGAUAUUUUGCGCAAUGUCUUCCUUUACUUCCACACCAAGGUUCUGGGGAUAAAGGUAGAGCCCAAGGACUUGACCCUGAAGCUCUGCCUCAUCCGCACCGUCUCCAUGAUCGGCUUGGCCAUCUGCAGCAGCCCGCAGGCGGGGUUCUUCCACUUCAGCCGCAAGUCGGAACUGAUCUCUCAGCUGGUGGAGUUACUGAAGCUGGAGCCUGUGGACAGCCAGAAGUCUGCCCUGCGCCACCGUGCCCUCGCCGCCUGCUCCUACCUGGUUAAGCUGGAGCCUCCCCUGAAGGAUGCAGAGAAGACGGAGCUCGUCAGUACGGCACUGUCCACAGUCAUCCCCCUCCCACCUGUCUCCAUCGGCACCAUGGGAGAACUGCACCAGGAGAUCCUGUAUCGGGACACGUUGGAUGCUUUGAAGGACUUGCUGAAAGGACUUCUCUGCUGGAACAUAACACCUAACGGACUGGAGGAAAUGUUUGGAGUCCUGAUCCCCUGGAUCCGAUCCAGUAAGGAGCAUGAACGGGAGCGUGCCCUGGAGCUGAGCAGCGCCCUCCUUCACUUCUACCUACACAAGCUCAACGUCAAUUGUGUGAUGACCUUCCAUAACCUGGGGCUUCUGAUCGGUAGGUUGUCCCCUCGCUGCUCGGACUCUCUCGCCUCCAUACGGCAGCACACCCUGGACUGCAUCUACUACCUGCUGUACAUCCAGCUGCGCUAUGAAGGUUUUGCUCCCGAUCAUAAAGAUGAACAAGUAGAGAAGCUGCAGACUCUUCGGGGCGGCCUUCUGAACCCCGACUCCAGUGUCCUGUUCCACACUUGCUUUGACAUCGCAAUGAUCAUCGGGAAGCGCCUCCCCCCUGAGCAGCUCACCAGCCUCCUCUUCAUCACCUUCGAGGGGCUCUCCGAUUCUGAUGCUAAUUGCUCCAGAGCCGCCAGUGUGAUGAUCAAUUCUCUACUGAAGGAUCGAGGAACCGUCUUGCUGUCUAAGGUCCCAGAGAUAAUUCUUCGAGUUAAGGAACAGCUGGAGGAGACCUCGGAGGAGCAUGUGAGGAAGGCGGCGGUACAGACCAUGUAUAUCCUGGCCACGCAGCAUGUGAAGGCCGUGGUGUCUAGCUUACUGUCCAGUCCUGUGCCCUAUGACAGUGAUAUGUGCACGCUGUGGGGGGCGCUGUCCUCUGAUCCUCCGCUCACGUCUGAGGUACUGAAUCUUCUUCUGGAGAAGAUGACGGGUGACGUCCCCUACAAGGAGUGUAAGACGUCUUUGCUGAGCUCCGCCUCCAGUCGGAUGGCCACCCUCCUGCCUCUGACUGCCACUUGUGCUCUCCGUGAGGUGCUGUCCCAGCCAAAGUCGUCCCCCGCUGUCCAGGAGCUCUACCCCCAGCUCUUUGUGGCACUGCUCCUGCAGGUGAGCUGUAUGGUGGGCGUCCAGCUGCCCAAGAGCCUCGGACCAGCCAAAGACAGGAAGAGUCAGAGCAGCAGGAACCUGGACCCAUGCAGCUCUGCGGUGGAGGCUCUGUACUUCAUGCUGGUUCAGGGAGGCAGUGAGGCUGUAGCUCUGAGUGUGGCAGCUGAUGGAGGCUGGGAGAAGAUGAAAAAAGAGGAGACUCAUCACAUGGGAGUGACGUCACUAAGCAGCUCCAUGGUGCGAUACGCCGCACCCAAACUACCAGACAUCAUAAAGAAACUGCAGUCCGCUCAGAGCAGUGCAUUUGACAGCCAGCGAGUCACUGCCACCGCCUUCCUCGCCCAGCUCCUGCAGAGUAGUGAGCUCAGUGACCUCAUCUUUCUGGAGCCGCUGAUGGACAGCAUGACCAGCCGACUGAAGGACAGCAGUGUCACCGUGCGCAUGCUUGCCAUCCGUGGCUUGGGGAACAUUGCAAGCGGACAUCCUGAGAAGGUACGAAAACAUGGAUCCCACCUGCUGACUGCCAUGAUGAACGCCAUGGAUGACAGAGAAGACCCUGACCAUAUAGUGACCCAGGAGGCCAUGUCCAACAUGUCUCUUCUGCUACCCCAUGUGCAAGAGAAAGACCUGCACUCUCUUCUCGUUCACACCGCCAUCCGCAUCAGACCCUUCUUCGACCACGAGAGGGAAGAAUUGCGCACAUCUUCCAUUAUCCUGUUUGGCAAUCUCACGAAGUUCAGCUCCGGUGGCGGGGAAGAGACGCUGUUCGAGCAGAUCCUGAACGGUUUAGUGACGUUACUCCUACAUCUGCAAGAUCCAAAACCAGAUGUGGUGAAGGCCUGUAAGUUUGCUCUGCAGAUGUGCGCCCCAAGUCUGAACAACCAGGGUCUGGCGGACAUGUUCACCUCGCAUCUGCACCCCGACAGAGGACUGCACUAUGGGGAGUUCAUAAACAUCGUCUGCAAAAACCUGCUGCAGGGCUAUCCUGACAUGGUCCCUCGUCUCAUCCAGACCAACAUCUCCUACUUCAAGAGCAUCUGGUCGGAUCUACGAGCAGCCGCCCCGUUAUUCAUCGGGUUCUUGGUGUUGCACAUGCAGCCGGAUCAGUGCAGAAUGGUUGAUUUAGAUCAUCUGGUGACAUCUCUCAUGGUCUUGUUGAAGGAUCCGGUCCCGUCUGUGCGUAUUAAAGCGUCUGAGACCAUGGGCCGAUUGGUCAAGUUUGCCUGAUGUUGGAAGACAGAACUACAACACCCAUGAUCCAAGCGGCUCCUCUGCGAUGAGGGCUGAUCUUCAUUCUAGCACAUUCCGAGCUUCCCUCGUGUCACCAGCAUGUGAUGUCCCGCGUCUCGUCUGCCUUCUCUUCCUGGAUCUGCUCACAUUGACUUGAGGUCGUUCCUGAAGACCAGAAGCCUUGUCGGCCAUGAUGGCUACAGACUUGCUGCAAUAAAGACUUUGUGGGCUGCAAGUCGUGAUCGUUGGGCCCCUGUGCCCUCCUUGUUUUAUGUAGGUUCCUCGUCUGUGGUGGGGGGGUGUGUGUAUAUUUGGCUACGUCCAUGUUUCUGUAUAUUUCAGAAUGAUGGGGCUUUUCUAUUGUGUUGGAAGCAUCAGAAAAUAUGACUAUUAUUUUCACUAU